GGGCGCUCCAUUUUGGCUCGAACCGGAAGUCUGCAGCGCCGCCAGUUUCUCUGGAUGGAAUGGGGCUAGCGAGAAACUAGCACAGAGCUUUGAAUUGAUUUGAACUUUUAGCAAAAUAUAAACGUAACCUGUCGUAGAGUUAAAUAAAGAGCGGGGUGAAAUGAAACGCGAUGUCCGGAUACUGCUGCUGGGGGAACCCAAAGUGGGUAAAACCUCUCUCAUCAUGUCUCUGGUUGGAGAGGAGUUUCCCGAGCAGGUUCCCCUCCGUGCAGAAGAGAUCACCAUACCUGCCGAUGUCACACCUGAGAAAGUACCCACACACAUAGUCGAUUAUUCAGAAACUGAGCAGUCUGAUGAAGUGUUGAGGGAAGAGAUCGUAAAGGCCAACGUUGUUUGUGUGGUUUAUGAUGUCACGCAAGAUGAAACCAUUGACAAGAUCAGGACUAAAUGGAUUCCGCUGGUUAAUGGAGGUGCAGAAAAAGGCAGCAAGAUUCCCAUCAUCCUCGUGGGCAACAAGUCUGACAUGCGUUCUGGAAGCUCAAUGGAAGCCAUUCUGCCCAUCAUGAACCAGUUUUCAGAGAUAGAGACCUGUGUAGAGUGCUCGGCUAAAAAUCUGAAGAAUAUUUCUGAGCUUUUCUAUUACGCCCAGAAAGCCGUUUUACACCCGACUGCUCCUCUGUACGACCCCGAGGACAAACAGCUGAAGCCACAGUGCGUCCGAGCUCUCAGUCGGAUCUUCAGUAUCUCGGAUCAGGACAACGAUCACAUACUCAGUGACGCUGAACUCAACUGUUUCCAGAAACUGUGCUUUGGGAAUCCACUGGCUCCUCAGGCCCUAGAGGACGUAAAAACAGUCGUGUGGAAAAACACCAGCGAUGGAGUCCAGGACAAUGGACUCACACUUAAUGGGUUCUUGUUCUUGAACACGCUGUUUAUACAGAGAGGACGUCAUGAGACCACCUGGACCAUCCUGCGUAAAUUUGGUUAUGAUGACACACUGGACCUGACGGAUGAUUACCUAUAUCCACCGUUACGAGUUCCUGUCGGUUGUACGACAGAGUUGAAUCAUUUGGGUCAACAGUUCCUGCAGAAGCUCUUUGAUAAAUAUGAUGAGGAUAAAGAUUUAGCUCUCUCUCCGGCUGAACUGAAGAAUCUGUUUGGUGUUUUACCCUACAUGCCCUGGGGUCCGGCGGUGUACAGUAAUGUCCCUAUAACAGAGGAGAGCUACAUCUCCCAACACGGAUACUUCUGCCAGUGGAUGUUAUCAGCGUACCUUGACGUCCACCGAUGUCUGGAGCAUCUUGGCUAUCUUGGCUACCCGAUUCUGAUGGAGCGAGAAUCUCAGACCUCCGCCGUAACCGUGACGAGAGAAAAGGAGAUAGAUCUGGAUAAAAGACAGACUCAACGAAACGUGUUCCUCUGUAAAGUGAUCGGUCCUCGUGGAACAGGAAAGACAGACUUCCUUCAGGCUUUCCUCAAGCGGAACGUUGUGAGAAAGGAACGCAACCCCGGUCCUCCUUCGGUUUACGCCAUCAACACUGUCUCGGUAUCCAAUCAGGAGAAAUAUCUCAUUUUGGAAGAGGUGGAUGUGGAAACAGAGUUUUUAAAAGCAGCGGAUGCUGCAUGUGACGUAGCGUGUCUGAUGUAUGACGUCAGCGACCCGGACUCAUUCAACUACUGUGCUAGUAUAUAUAAGCAGCACUAUAUGGACAGCGGGAUCCCGUGUGUGGUGGUCGGCUCUAAAGCGGAUCUUGUAGAAGUGAAACAGCAUCAUGGCAUGAGCCCAUCUGAAUUCUGUUACAAACAUCGCCUGCCUUCAUCUCUUCGCUUCUCUGCGCUGCUCCCGAACGCACACACGAACAUCUACAGCAAACUCGCCUGGGCCGCCAUGUACCCACAUCUGAAUGGAUCAGACAUGAACAGCACUUCCUUCUGGCUCCGUGUGACUUUGGGUACCACGAUAGCAGCCAUGUUGGGCUUCGCCGUCUACAGAGCCUUCAGUCGACACAAAUAAUGACACGCAUGCUAUUCACAGGCAGCGUAUACAGUUAAACACACACUCCCUCGUUUCCUUACUGAGUCAUGUGUGGCUAAACUGGUAGGUAAAGCCCAAAACAUCACAGGGACUAACCAGAUAUUACGUUGGACUGAUGUAUUACACGCAUACACAUAAAUUAAAAACAGAUUGAUGGAG